AUGAGAGCAGAUAGUGAAAACGCCCCAAACUAUGGUUCCCGGAAAGAAAUCUGCCUCAGACCCUUCGUUUCUCAGUCCCCGUGGUCUUGGUUAAUCAAGGCUCUCUACCGAGCCCUGGUUCGAUCCGCUGUGUGGCUUCUCCCAGUUGGACCAAGGCUGCUGCACUCAGCAACCCGCACUGCUUGCUUCCCGGGAGACUCCCUUCAGCUCUUCUUUCUCCCAGCAGCCUGUAGGAACUUCCCGCUGUGGCAGCCUGCAGGCGGGGGCAGCCCAGUGGCCAGCUGUUCUGAGAAGGAUGCCCCCUACCUGCUCCUGGCUGUCAAGUCAGAGCCGGGACACUUUGCGGCACGGCAGGCUGUGAGGGAGACCUGGGGCAGCGCAGCCGCUGGGACCCGGUUGCUCUUCCUGCUGGGGUCACCGCUAGGAAUCGGGGGACCUGACCUAAGAUCGCUGGUGACAUGGGAGAGCCAGCAUUAUGGCGACCUGCUGCUCUGGGACUUCCUGGAUGUUCCCUACAAAUAAACACUCAAAGACCUGCUGCUGCUGACCUGGCUGGGUCACCACUGCCCCAAUGUGAAUUUCAUCCUGCAGGUACAGGACGACGCCUUCGUACACAUCCCUGCCCUGAUGGAGCACCUGCAGACCCUGCCACCCACCUGGGCCCGCAGCCUCUACUUGGGGGAGGUCUUCACCCAGGCCAAGCCGCUCCGCAAGCCUGGAGAGCCCUUCUAUGUUCCCAAGACCUUCUUUGAGGGAGACUACCCAGCCUACGCCAGUGGAGGUGGCUAUGUCAUCUCAGGACGCCUGGCCCCCUGGCUGCUGCAGGCAGCUGCCCGUGUGGUACCUUUCCCCUUUGAUGACGUCUACACCGCCUUCUGCGUCCGUGCCUUGGGCUUAGUGCCCCGUGCCCAUCCAGGGUUCUUCACAGCCUGGCCAGAAGACCUCACCAAGGACCCGUGCACAAUGCGAGGCCUGCUGCUGGUGCAUCCAGUCAGCCCCCAGGACACCAUUAGGCUCUGGAAACACCUGUGGGGCCCAGAGCUCCAGUGCUGAGCCUCAGAGACAAACUAGGGUGGGGGUGGGGAUGCUGAACCCGCCUGAGCCCCUCCUAAAUCCUUCCUUGUCAAGAACUGGGCAGACUAGACAAGGCAGCAGACUGUGCUCACCUACUUUCUAAUUCUGAAAACUAUGUCCACCCUACUCUGAGACCAGGAGUUAUUUUUUCAUAUGUGAGACCCCUCCAGGGAAGGCAGAUGCUGUUGUACCUACACGUUCACACUGGACACUCCCUGGACACUUUGCUGGACAGCAGGCUUGUACCAGCCCAUGGGAAGGCUUUGGAGGGCCCAUGUGCCAAAGUUGCCUUCCAGCUUGGGAAAGUUUAUAGAAGUAGGUAUCU